AUGGAAACAAAGAACCAAACCAGUACAUCUGAGUUCCUCCUCCUGGGACUUGUAGAGAAGUCAGAGCAAGAGACUCUCCUCUUUUCUCUGUUCUUCUGCAUGUAUGUGGUCAUAACUGUGGGAAACCUGUUGAUCAUCCUGGCCAUCAGCCAUGAUCCACACCUCCACACACCUAUGUACUUCUUCCUGGCCAACCUCUCCUUGGUUGAUUUCUGCCUGGCCACCAAUACCAUUCCCAAGAUGCUGGUGAACAUCCAAACCAGGAGCAAGUCCAUUUCUUACCCUUGUUGCCUGACCCAGAUGUACUUUUUCCAUCUCUUUGGCAUUGUGGACAGUGUCUUAAUUGCUGUGAUGUCUUAUGACCGGUUUGUGGCCAUAUGCCACCCCUUACACUAUAUGACCAUCAUGAGCCCAUGCCUCUGCAGCCUACUGGUCAGUGGCCCAUGGAUGUCUUCCUGCUUCAUCUCUCUCACACACAUCCUAUUGACGGCUCGCCUGGUUUUCUGUGGCAGCAAUGAAAUUCCUCACUACUUCUGUGACCUCACUCCUCUUCUCCGGCUUUCUUGCACUGACACCUCUGUGAACAUGAUCUUUGUGUUCAUUGUGGCAGGGAUGGUGAUAGCCACACCUUUCAUCUGCAUCCUGGCCUCCUAUGCUCGCAUCAUCAUGGCAAUCAUGGAGGUGCCCUCUGCAGGUGGCAGGAAGAAAGCCUUUUCCACCUGCAGCUCCCACCUCUCUGUGGUUGCACUCUUCUAUGGUACUACCAUUGGAGUCUAUCUGUGUCCUUCAUCUGUCCAUACAGCUGUGAAGGAGAAAGCUUCUGCUGUAAUGUACACUGUGGUCACCCCAAUGCUGAAUCCCUUUGUUUACAGUUUGAGGAACAGGGACUUGAAAGGGGCCUUGAAGAAUCUUGUCAGCAGAAAAAUCACCUCAUCUUCCUGA